GCAACCAAAACCUUAUAUCCUGGAUAAGCAAGGAAAAUACAGUCGUAGUACUAUUGCCUGGCAUAUGAGUGAUUACGAGGACACCAAUCAGAGAAACUCGAAAUGGGCUAUUCUUGUUAGGCAGAGUAAGUCACCAUUGCCAAGGGCUUCCAAACCGCCUCAGCUGCCAAAGCUACCAAAAAAGGAAGAG